UUUACGAACGAGAUUUGCGCUGAACCAUAUCAUACCCUAGCAAUAAUAAUGACCUGUUGUCGUGUCUUUUCAAUUCAUUUCCCAUUUCAUAAAAAAUCACAUGUUAUUGUACCUCGACCUAUCCAUACCUGUGCGAAAAACUUAAUAACGAAACGAAACAGGUAGGUACGUAAAUGCGGUUCACCGGUUCAUUGUUAAUCAUUUAGAACGAGCGAUGAUCGCAAACCAGUUCAUUCGAACGUUUUUUCGUGCUAUUCGUCCGGUGAUUAUUACGAAUUAUUAAAUCAACAAGUGUUGUUACCUAGUACCUACAUCGCAGUGAUAACGUUGAUAAGUUCUGAUUACGUAAUCGUCAUAAUUUAUGCUGUCUCAUAAUGUUGUGAGUAAAUUCACCGGUAUCAGGAGUUGAAAACACAUCUAGAAAAGUGUUUUCAGCUGAAAAUUACGAGCAGUAGAAAUGGAUAACGAAAAGGAACCCGAAUCGAAAAACUGUAAAUCCGAAUUCUCAAGAUUGAAAGAUAUUUGUUAUUUGGAUCACGCAGCCACAACAUUAUAUUCAGAUGUUCAGAUAGAAGCUGUUGUAGAUGAUUUGAAGAAUAAUUUAUACGGAAAUCCUCAUUCAUUAAAUUUAAGCAGUAAAUAUUGCCAUGAUUCAGUCGAUCAGAUUCGAUUCAGAAUUUUAUCGCAUUUUGGCACAACGCCGAACGAAUACAGUGUUAUUUUCACCAGCGGAGCUACAUCUGCUUUAAAAUCAGUCGUGGACUGGUUUCAGUGGUCAGAUUUCGAGUCCAAAGACGAUGAAGAUAGUCAUUUUGUGUAUACCCAAGAUAAUCAUACAUCUGUUCUGGGUCUCAGAGAAAUUCUAGAUCAUCGAGUACGAGUUCGUUGUUUAAAUCAUCUCGAGUCUUUCGAUGUAUUAAACCAGAAUUGUGAUGGAGAAUCGAUCUCAAAGCCGGAAUUAUCUCGAGAAAACAAUUCGUUAUUCGUUUACCCAGCUCAGUGCAAUUUUUCCGGCUGUAAAUAUCCGUUGGAAUGGAUAGAGAAUGUACGUAAAGGAGCUCUCGAUAGUAUCGUUUCAAAUCCUUCGAGACGACAUCGAUGGUUCUGUUUGCUAGACGCUGCUGCUUACACAUCGUGUAAAUUAGAUUUGAAUACCUGGAAACCAGAUUUUGUGACUGUCUCGUUCCAUAAAAUAUUCGGAUACCCGACCGGUCUAGGAGCUUUAUUAGUGAAGAACUCCAGUGCUUGGGUUAUGAAUAAUAAAUCCUACUAUGGUGGAGGAACAGUACUUAUUGCAAUGAGUAGUACGAAGUUUCAUGUAAAAAAACCUACGUUACAUGAAAGAUGCGAAGACGGUACGAUUAAUUACCAAGCUGUUCUGUCGUUAAGGCAUGGAUUCGAUACGAUGUAUAGAAUUGGAGGAUCUAUGGAUCAAAUAUCAAAAUACACGUUCUCGUUGACUCGAUAUUUGCAUCGUAGACUAACAACUUUGCAUCAUUCGAAUGGUAAACCGGUAGUGGUUUUAUAUCGUGAUACAGAUUAUAGCGAGAGCUCUGUUCAAGGAAAUAUUGUCAACUUCAAUUUACUCAGAUCGAAUGGAGAAUAUAUUGGAUAUGCUGAGGUUUUGAACAUUGCAAAUUUGCACAACAUACACCUUAGAACUGGUUGUUUCUGCAAUCCAGGAGCCUGCCAGAGGCAUUUGAACUUGAGUGAUGAGCAGCUAAAAAUUAAUUUCCAAAAAGGACACACGUGUGCAGAUAAUAUCGAUCUCAUCGACGGUCUUCCUACUGGCUCGGUUCGAGUAUCUUUGGGAUACAUGUCCGAUAAACACGAUGUGGAUGAAUUAUUAAACAUGAUAAUAAAUUGUUUCGUAUCGAAACCAGUUCUAAUUAAAGUACCUGAAGAUUGGCCAGCUCAAUCGGCAGCACUCAAAUCUAAAUUUAAGGCUAUCCAGAGCACUUGUAUUAACUCGAUACCUACACCUACUCUAGUCAAAGAUGCUGAUAUUGGAAAAUCCAAUGAAAUCUAUGAACCUAUCAAAUGUAUUAGUGAAAAAAAGAAAGCUGCUAAUUUAAAACUGGUAAAGAUGUUUGUGUAUCCGAUCAAAUCCUGCGGAGCUUUUAGCGUCAAGUCAUCCUGGCCCAUUAGUAGCACUGGUUUGAAAUACGAUAGAGAAUGGAUGAUUGUUAAAAAUGGCGUGGCUGUGACUCAAAAACAUCUUCCAGAAAUGUGUAUGAUUUUUCCUACAAUUGAUUUCGAAAAUAAUCAAAUGUUUUUGAGAUAUAAAGACUCGAUGUUAGAAACUCCUAUCUUAUUGGAUAUAAAUUACGAUGACAAUAAGGAUUAUUUAUCAUCGAAAAUUUGUCAAAGUAAAGUGUGUACUGAUCGCGCAGAAGUGAUUGAUUGUGGUGAUCAGGUUGCUCACUGGUUGGAAGAAAUUUUCAACAUGAAAGGACUUCGUUUAGUCAAAUUAUUCGUCCGGAAUAAAUCGUCGUAUAACGAAGACAAUGAAGUCACACGUCUUUCUUUGGCUAAUCAAGCUCAGUAUUUACUCGUUACUUCGGCCAGUGUUCAAUGGCUAGUUGAUCAAAUGUCCUCGGAGUGGAGUUGUUCCUUUGAAAAUGUGUUGCAAAGAUUUCGAAGCAACUUUUUAAUAGCAGGAGAAUGCCAGCCACUGGAAGAAUUUACAUGGAAUGAAAUUGAAAUUGGAUCAGUUCGUUUCAAAAUCGAUGGACCUUGCCAAAGAUGCCAAAUGAUCUGCGUAAAUCAAUCAUCUGGUGAAAAAUCCAAAGAACCAUUGGUUAUUCUAUCUUCAGCACUGAAAGGCAAAUUGAAAUUUGGCGUUUAUCUCAGUUCGACCAAGUUAUCAGAAUUUGCUCAUUUGGAAUUGAAUCAAACUGUGAUACCGAUUUUAUGCAACGAAAAUUGAAUUGAAAUGAACCUUGAUUGAUCACUUUGCAAAGGAGAGGUUGGCACAAAGUUGAACAAUGUUAUGAGAUUUCAAAAUAAAUGAAAUGGCUCAAUA